AUGACACGACUGAAGGUAAAUAUCCUAGGAAUAUGUGAAACGCGGUGGACGGGCAGCGGUGAGUUCAACAGCGAUAAUUUCAGGGUGCUAUAUUUAGGUGGAGUAAAACACGAACGAGGAGUUGCUAUGAUACUGGACAGAGAAAGCACGAAGAGCUUGCUAGGAUGGUGGGCUUUGUCAGAUAGAGUCAUGCUGAUAAAGUUAAAAGGUAAACAAAUAGAUCUCAGCAUCAUUCAGGUAUAUGCACCAACGACUGCAAGUUGUGAAGAAGAGAUCGAUGAAUUCUACGACACAUUGGAGAAAGCUAAAACGCAAUGCAAGUCUACGGAUGUCACAAUCAUAAUAGGGGCCCUAAAUGCAAAGGUAGGAAACGAGGCAGAUGGAGAAACAGUUGGAAAAUUAUGGACAUGGCGGAGCCCGGGAGACGAUGUUAAGAACCAGAUUGACUACAUUGCUAUCAAGAAACGGUAUAGGAGUGCAAUUAAGCACUCAAAGGCAUACCCAGGAGCAGACUGUGAACAUGCGGUGGCUGUGCAAAAUCGAUUUAAUGUGCUUGAAGACCAAGGAAAUGCUAAGUGGGAAGCAUUUAAAGAGGCGCUGGUAUCGGUAGCAAAAGAACUUAUACCUAAACGUGAGAAAAAGUCAAAGAUCAAGUGGAUGACGAAUGAGAUCUUGGACAGAAUGCGCUUCAGGCAAGAGCUUUAA